AUGUCUUGUUCCCAUCUACGGAAUGCAUUCCUCAAUUUUCCCCAUCAAAUUUGGGUUCUGUCAGAGUUUGGAAAGCCUAUAUUUUCAAAGUACGUUUAGUUUUAUAUUUCAUUUUUUGAUUUUUAGUUUUAUGGCAUUGAUAUAAGGAAGACCAGCUUGUUUUGGUAACAAAACGCUUAUGUUUUGGUCGAAUAGGCUUCUUUUUGGAAUGUUUAACUUAAGGUUAAGAUGCCUGUUUAUUUAAGCAGUACAAAGUCUUACUAUUUAAAAAAAACAGGAUUUAAGACGUUAAAUACAACAAGUUUUAGCUGUGGAAGUGAAUCAGAUUUGGCAGCAACGUUUGCGGUAAUCCAAGUUUUAGUACGAACAUUUGAAUCCUGGAAUGACACAUUAUGUGCUAUCAAAAUGAAAGGUCUUUAUAUUCAGUUUUCUUACCGAAGUCCAUUAAUUCUCUGCGUUGUAUCGAAGGAACCAGCUAAUUUGAUAGUUCAAUUGGACAUGAUCUACAAUCAGGUCAUCUCAAUCUUGUCCAAAAGUGUUCUGAAAAAGACUUUUGCUGAGAAAGGAGAUAACUUUGAUUUGAGGAGAUGGUUAAGCGACUUUGACAAACGAGUAGAUGUUUGUUUGAAUAGUUUCGUCGAGGAUCCAGUUGUUUAUUUAAGUGGAUUCAGAAUAUUGCCAUUGAAUCCGAGUGAUAGGGAGUUUUUGGUCAGCACGAUGGGUGGAUUUAUUGCUGAAGCUACGGAUUCUGUAGGUUUUUGUGUUAUGGAAUUACAAAUUAUAAAAAAAGGGUAAAAUGCUAUCCAGAGAUAUUAUAAUGGUUUUAUAAACGUCUGGAAGCCCAGAAUCUAUGAUGUGUGUAUUUUUUUGCAGUUUUUAAAAAUAACAUUGAAAGGGCAGCCUGAAAACUUGUUUAUCUGACGAAUAUCAUAUUUUAUUAACGUUAUAUAUGUUUUACCAAUACAUUUUGUUUUAGGUAGCGUUUGCUGUUCUAAUAGCCCACAGACAACUUGUAGCUAUGGUUAGAAUGAAGCGGUUGGAUUUAAAAGCUUCUGACUUUAACAUCCUAGCCAAUGUUGUGGAAUGUCACUCGUCUUUGAGGGAUGGAGAGACUUGGGUACCUAUUUGUCUUCCUCAUUUCAAUCAAAAGUAAGUUGUUUGUUCAGUUUUUGAUUUUUAGGUAAUAUAAUGGUUUUUUGGACAAGAUAUGAAGGUUUUAAUCAAAAUCUUGAGGGUCGAAUUAAAAUAUGAAGUUUUGAAUCGAUGUAAAUAUAAUAAUUUAUGAUUUUCAGUGCAUGCUGGGCGUUUAUCUCGUACCUAUGGGAGGAUGGACCUUGCUUGAUAAUAUUAAGUACGGACAGUCAAGCGUUCUUCACGUUAAGAGAAGUAAAAAUCAAAAUAUUGGAGAAGAUAGAUGGAUACAAAAGGAAAAGCGAGCUUAAAACAUCAAUAUCUCUGCCUGAACAAAUGCUAAGAACACAGGUAAGUAAAAAAUGUAAAAUACGACGUUUGGGCAAUUGAUUUAAGUUUUAAAACGGGUUUUAUUAUGGAAACAUCACAUUAGUCAGUGUUAGAUUAUUAUGUACUUUCUGUGGCAAUUUUAAACAUAUUGUAAUUUACUACGGUGCAACCUACUACAAUAUGUCUAAAUCUUCUUUUUUCAGAAGCCAAACCCAGAGUUGUGGCAUUUUAUGUAUAAGAAUAUAUUAUCAUCGCAAGUAUGUUGUUCAUCCCCAUCGAAGCCGUUCAUAUCAUUGGAAGAACAAAAAGACUUGUACAAAGGUUACUUUGAAGUGUCAGAUGUUAUGAGGAGGUCGAAGAUAGGACGGAUAUUGUUCGUACAACAUGAUACUUACACCAUCUUUGUUUGGGUAGGUGUUUGGGGGUGGUGGUACACUCUUUUCGAAAACUUUGGUACUCUUUUUAUAAAAUGCUUAGAAAAGGUACGUUUUGUAACUAAAGUGUUACUCUUGGCUUACACUGGUGCUAAGUAGUACUGUUUUUUUUCAAAAAAGUCUAUUUUGUUUUAAUAUGUUACUUUUGAUGAUGCUUUUGUUAGGCUUUUCAAAUAAUUUUGUGCUUCUAACCCUGAAAAUUUGAUUUUAGAGGGGAAAAUAAUUAUUUGAACAUCCUUAUAGUUGAAAAAAAAUUUUUUUGGUACAAAAUGUUAUUCUUUUAGACCUCAAACUAGUAAAACAAACAAAAUUUUAGGUAACGGGUAGUUUCGAGUUGUACGCUGCCUUCUCUCCCAUCGUAACGCAGGCUUCGGUGAUGGAAGCGGCCGAAAAGUUGCUGCGAAUCCUGCGCAAAGACGAGAAACGGGUAUUCUUCAACGUGAACCCAGGUGUACUUAACGGACCGUGA